AUGUAACAAUCUUAUGAUUGCCCAAUAUGUUUAAGUAUUAUUGUAGAUCCCAUUCAACUUUCUGAAUGCAAACAUAUAUUUUGUUCAGCUUGCCUCAUAGAUUUACUAGAUUACAACAAUCAAUCAUACAAAUGCCCCUUAUGCAGAUAACAAUAUCUAAAGAACCAACCUUUGAUUGUUAAUUAAGAUUUGGCCAAAAAAAUAAAGGAUAGUAAUCCACAACUCUAUGCUUAGAGAUAAUAACAAAUAUUACAAUAACAAAUGAUGUUGCCAAAUUAAAUUAAAGUAAGUGUUGUUUAUGGGAAUUAUUAUGAACACAUUAAGUCAAACAAUAAAAAUGUUAAUUAAUGGAUAUUAAAUGUUAAAAUGGAUUAUAAUAAAGAUUCAGAUAGAGCUGCUCUUAAGAAUUUUGAUAUUAAUCACAUGAUUGAAUCAGUACUUUAUAAAAUACGAUAUUUAGGUAACUUACCAUUUACAUGAGACUUUUAGACCAAAUGUAAUUACUGUUAAAUAAGCUCCAUUUGAAUUAAAAAGAUUGGGUUGGGGAGUAUUUAAUAUUCCAAUACUAAUAAAAUUUAAGAAGGAAUACAAUAUUCCAAAUUUGGAAGUAGAUCACUACCUUUCUUUUUAAGGAAAUGGUUCUUUUUAGAGAUAAAUUACCAAAUUAAACAUUAGUAAUCUUAAAGAAUAUUAAUAAUUAUAGGUAGAUUUAGAGAAAACAUAACAAGAGUAAUAAUAAUUUUAAUAAAAGUAAUGA